GGAGCAUUCUUCACUUGCGCCGUCCUCCAUAGUGAUCGCCUAGAUGAAGAGUUUAAAAGGCCGUCGCUCCCCUUCUCUCGGUUCGUCAGUUCGCCUGUCUUUCCAAUCAUCCACAUUCGUUCGAACACACAGCCUCUACAGGAUUACACUCUCUUUCACACACGUUAAACGAUAAUCACAAUGAAGACCACCAUCCUCGCCGCCCUCGCCGCCUUGGCCUCCGCCGCCAACGCCCUCCAAAUCAUCUCUCCCGUCGCCAACUCCACUGUCACCACCGGCCAGACCCUCCCGGUCAAGUGGAGCUACGUCGACACUGACCCUUCCCUCGCCUCCGUCUACCUCGUCAACUUUCUCUCCUGGCCUCCACAGAACUUGCCUCUUGAGUUGGACGUCAACACUACCUCUGGUGGUGCUAACGUCAAGAUUCCCUGCGAUGUUUCUGCUGGCUACGGAUACCAAAUCAACCUCGACAACGGAACGAACACCUAUGUCAUCUACGCCCAGUCUGGCAAGUUCACCAUCAUCUCCGACCCGAACUGCGUUGACACCACCGAGACCACCCCCUCUUCCUCUGCGGCUGCUGCCACCGCCUCUACUGUCUACAAGACCUUGCCAGCUUCCACGGUUACCUCCUCCGGUACCGUCUACGUUGAGAAGACCGUGACUGUCUCUGCGGCUGCUCAGACCAAGACUGUUUCCGUCCCUGGUGUUACCUCUACUGUGACCUUCGCCAUCCCUACCCCUGUCAACCUUGUUGCCACCGUUUGCGCUCCUGCUGCUGGCAAGGGCACUGGUUCGCCUGCCGGUGUCCAGGUCAUUACCGAGACGAAGACCACUACUAGCAACGGUGUCAAGAAGACCCUUACCGCCACCUUGACCAACACCAUCUAUGUCGCUGGACCCUCUGCUAGUCGCGCUAUUGGUGCUGCCUCCACUACCGCCUCUGCCGCUGCUGGAGCCAAGAACUGGAACGGUACCGCAUCCACUUCCUCCUCCGGAUUCUCCGCUGCUGCCGUCGCCGGCUCCUCCUCCAACUCCACCACCCUCGCCACCCACGGUAACAGCACCUUCAACAGCACCACCAUGGCCGUCUUCCACAGCGGAGCCGCCACCAACCCCGUUGGUGUCGCUGCUGCCUUGAUGGCUGGUUUGGCUGCUGUUGCCUUCGCCCUCUAAACGCUAGACAUUCGGGGAUAGACAGUGGAAGGAAGGAAAGUUUUUCUUUCGGGAAUAUUCUUGACAUAUACGUUUUUGUUCGUGGAUGUUCUUUUGGUUGAUGGACUUGCUUUUAUUUUGAUGGAUGAUGUUUGAUAAUACCAAACUUGAUUGUUUC